AUGGCGCACAUCUAUGAGGUCGGGACAAGGGCCUGGCAGCCUGACCCGACGGAGGGAUGGGUCGCAUCGGAGGUCAAGGAGAAGCUGGUGGACGGAGAAAAGGUUCAGCUGAUAUUCGAGUUGGAGAAUGGCGAGACCAAGACCGUCGCGACCACGCAGGCAGAGCUUCAGGUGGACAACAACUCGAAUCUGCCGCCAUUAAUGAACCCGGCCAUGUUGGAAGCGAGCGAGGACCUGACGAAUCUGUCCCAUCUGAAUGAGCCCGCUGUCCUGCAGGCUAUAAAACUCCGUUAUGCCCAGAAAGAGAUAUAUACGUACAGUGGAAUCGUGCUGAUUGCCACAAACCCCUUCGCCCGUGUGGACUCGCUCUAUGUGCCGCAGAUGGUGCAGGUCUACGCGGGGAAGCAGCGCGCCUCCCAGGCACCUCACUUGUUCGCCAUUGCAGAAGAGGCUUUCGCUGACAUGCUCCGCGACGGGAAGAACCAAACGAUUGUGGUCUCGGGUGAAUCCGGUGCUGGAAAGACCGUGAGCGCAAAAUAUAUCAUGCGCUAUUUCGCGACACGCGAGUCUUCGGACCAGCCUGGGAAAUACACCACGAGCCGGGCAGACGCCAUCAGUGAGACCGAAGAGCAGAUUCUGGCAACUAACCCGGUGAUGGAGGCGUUCGGUAACGCCAAAACGACCCGGAACGACAAUUCCUCCCGCUUCGGAAAAUACAUCGAGAUCAUGUUUGACGAGCGAACGAACAUCAUUGGCGCAAAGAUCCGGACAUAUUUGCUCGAGCGAUCCAGACUUGUGUUCCAGCCGCUUAAGGAGCGGAACUACCACAUUUUCUAUCAGCUUGUGGCUGGUGCCACCGAUGAAGAGAGGCUGGAGCUGGGUAUGCUGCCCGUCGAGGAGUUCGAUUACCUCAACCAGGGCGGCACGCCAAUCAUCGACGGUGUCGACGAUAAGGCCGAGUUCGAUGCGACGAGGAAGUCUUUGGGCACCAUUGGUGUGUCGGCACAGCAUCAGACUGAAAUCUUCCGCGUCCUGGCGGCUCUGCUGCAUCUGGGUAACGUGAAGAUCACGGCCACUCGCACCGACUCCUCUCUCUCAUCAUCCGAGCCAUCCCUCGUUCGUGCAUGUGAGAUGCUAGGAAUUGAUGCCAAUGAGUUUGCCAAGUGGAUUGUCAAGAAGCAGCUCAUCACCCGUGGUGAGAAGAUCACCUCCAAUCUCACUCAGCAACAGGCCAUUGUAGUUCGGGACUCGGUUGCCAAAUUCAUCUACUCGAGUCUCUUCGACUGGCUGGUGGAUAAAAUCAACCGCGGUCUGGCCACUGAUGAGGUUCUCGAACGAGUCAAUACCUUCAUUGGCGUCCUGGAUAUCUACGGUUUCGAGCAUUUUGCCAAGAACUCCUUUGAACAGUUCUGCAUCAACUACGCGAAUGAGAAAUUGCAGCAGGAAUUCAACCAGCACGUGUUCAAGCUCGAGCAGGAAGAAUACGUUCGAGAAGAGAUUGACUGGACGUUUAUUGAUUUCUCGGACAACCAGCCCUGUAUCGAUCUGAUCGAGGCCAAACUUGGAAUUUUGUCCCUUCUAGACGAAGAAUCUAGGCUUCCUAUGGGAUCCGAUGAGCAGUUCGUCACCAAGCUUCACCACCAUUUCGCCGCCGACAAGCAGAAGUUCUACAAGAAACCUCGCUUUGGCAAGUCCGCUUUCACCGUUUGCCACUAUGCCGUUGAUGUCACCUACGAGUCGGAUGGCUUCAUCGAGAAGAACCGAGACACCGUUCCUGACGAGCACUUGGGGGUGCUGCGGAACUCGUCGAACAACUUCAUCAAGGAAAUCCUGGACACUGCCGCCGCGGUCCGCGAGAAGGACUCGGCUGCGGUCUCAUCCAAGGCCGUAGCUGCAGCCCCAGGACGUCGGAUCGGUGUUGCUGUCAACCGCAAACCCACACUAGGGGGAAUCUUCAAAUCCUCGCUAAUUGAGCUGAUGAACACGAUCAACUCUACCGAAGUGCAUUACAUCCGCUGUAUCAAGCCCAACGAGGCCAAGGAAGCUUGGAAGUUCGAGGGACCUAUGGUUCUUAGCCAGCUUAGAGCUUGCGGUGUCUUGGAAACUGUUCGAAUCAGUACAGCAGGAUAUCCUACGCGUUGGACAUAUGAGGAGUUUGCCAUCCGCUACUACAUGCUUUGUCAUUCCUCGCAGUGGACAUCUGAGAUCCGAAACAUGUGCCAUGCGAUCCUGCGAAAGGCUCUUGGUGAUGCCAAUCACCAAAAGCAGGAUAAGUACCAGCUUGGUCUAACCAAGAUCUUUUUCCGGGCAGGUAUGCUUGCUUUCCUGGAGAAUUUACGGACAUCACGCUUGAACGAAUGCGCGAUUAUGAUCCAGAAGAACCUGCGCUGCAAGUAUUAUCGGCGCCGCUAUCUGGAGGCCCGCGAGUCUAUUCUCACCACUCAGGCUUUCAUCCGCGGAUUCUUGGCUCGCCAGCGGGCCCAGGAAAUCCGCCGGAACAAAGCUGCGACCACGAUUCAGAGGGUCUGGCGUGGGUCGAAGGACCGGAAACGCUACGUCGAGAUUCGGAACAAUGUCAUUUUGUUCCAGUCUGUUAUGAAGGGUUUCCUCUGCCGGCGCAAUAUCAUGGACUCGAUCAAUGGCAAUGCGGCCAAGGUAAUCCAGCGUGCGUUCCGCUCGUGGCGCCAGUUGCGGUCCUGGCGAGAGUAUCGCCGCAAGGUUGUCAUUGUUCAGAACUUGUGGAGAGGAAAGCAAGCCCGACUAGCCUACAAGUCGCUGCGCGAGGAAGCCCGAGAUCUCAAGCAGAUUUCCUACAAGUUGGAGAACAAGGUGGUGGAGCUUACCCAGUACUUGGAGUCACUGAAGCGUGAAAACAAGUCCCUGGUCUCGCAGCUGGAGAACUAUGAGACCCAGCUGAAGUCUUGGCGCGCCAGGCAUAACACGCUUGAGGCGCGCGCCAAGGAGCUUCAGGCGGAGGCUAAUCAGGCUGGUAUUACCGCAGCUCGAUUAGAGGCCGUUGAGGAAGAGAUGACCAAGCUGCAGCAAAGCCAUGCUGAAGCCCAAGCCACCAUCAAGCGGCUUCAGGAGGAGGAGCGAGUCUCCCGUGAGGCGCUCCGUGUCACCAAUGAGGAGUUAGAACGCCUCAAGUUGGUCAAUGGCGACCACGAGAAGGAGAAGACGGCUCUUCGCCAGCGGGUUUCGGAGCUCGAAGAAGAGCUGGAGGUUGCCAAGCGAUCGGUGCCGGUCAAUGGUGUCAAUGGCGAGGUGCCCAAUGGUGCUGUUGCUCCUACACCUGCCAACGGUUUGAUUAAUCUCGUCUCGACCAAGAAGCCCAAGCCGCAGAGGCGCAGUGCGGGUGCAGAGAAGGUCGGGACAGAUCGCUUCAGCGGUGCAUUCAACCCGCGCCCUGUCUCUAUGGCCAUUCCCGGGCCUGGCGCUGCUCGCUCAGCUGCUGCCUUCUCUCCCGGUCUGGACUCGGUGGAGGCAGAACUCGAGCAAUUGCUCUCUGAAGAGGAUGAUUUGAACGACGAGGUCACUAUGGGUCUGAUCCGCAACCUCAAGAUCCCCCUGCCAAGCUCGACCCCUCCCCCGACCGACAAGGAGGUCCUGUUCCCUGCGUACUUGAUCAAUCUGGUCACUUCGGAAAUGUGGAACAAUGGGUUCGUCAAGGAAUCCGAGCGUUUCCUGGCCAACGUGAUGCAAUCUAUCCAGCAGGAGGUCAUGCAGCACGAUGGCGAGGAUGCGAUCAACCCCGGCGCCUUCUGGCUCUCCAACGUGCACGAGAUGCUGUCCUUUGUCUUCUUGGCCGAGGAUUGGUACGAGGCGCAAAAGACGGACAAUUACGAGUACGAUCGUCUGCUGGAGAUUGUGAAGCAUGACUUGGAGAGCUUGGAGUUCAACAUCUACCACACGUGGAUGAAGGUGUUGAAGAAGAAGCUGUACAAGAUGAUUGUUCCGGCCAUCAUCGAGUCCCAGUCUCUGCCUGGUUUCGUCACCAGCGAAACCAACCGAUUCCUCGGCAAGCUGUUGCCCUCGAACAACAACCCGGCCUACAGUAUGGACAACCUGCUGAGCCUUCUCAACGGUGUGUAUCGGGCCAUGAAGGCCUUUUACAUCGAGGACACCAUCAUCACGCAGACCGUCACCGAGCUUUUGAAGCUGGUUGGAGUCACUGCAUUCAACGACUUGCUCAUGCGCCGAAACUUCCUGUCGUGGAAGCGUGGUCUGCAGAUCAACUACAAUAUUACUCGUAUCGAGGAAUGGUGCAAGAGCCAUGAUAUGCCGGAGGGGACGCUUCAGCUGGAGCAUUUGAUGCAAGCGACCAAGCUUCUUCAGCUGAAAAAGGCUACCUUGAAUGAUAUUGAGAUCAUUCAAGAUAUUUGCUGGAUGCUCUCGCCAAACCAAAUCCAAAAGCUCUUGAACCAGUACCUCGUGGCCGACUAUGAACAGCCCAUCAACGGCGAGAUCAUGAAGGCCGUUGCCUCUCGAGUCACCGAGAAGAGCGACGUUCUCCUCCUGACCCCGGUGGACAUGGAAGACAGCGGCCCCUACGAGAUCGCCGAGCCCCGGGUGAUCACUGCUUUGGAGACGUAUACCCCAUCCUGGCUCCAAACGCCACGGCUGAAGCGGCUGGCUGAAAUUGUGUCUGCGCAGGCGAUGGCGCAGCAGGAGAAACUGGAGAUAGAUAACGGGGCGUUGGAGGAGUAG